AUGUCUGUUGUUGACGCCAUUGGCGUCAUUUCCGGAAUCCUGACCAUUGUCUCAUUUGGUAUGGACAAUUUCGGUUCGGAGUCGAACUCUGGUUCGACCAUCAUGGUCGCUGUUGCUCUUGACGGUCCGAAUGGGCCUACGAAUGCCGGUGGUGAUCUCCCUGAUGUACGGGUAUGGAAUGAUGUUGGUGGAUUCGUUGGCAUGAAUGCCGACCCUGGAACCGUGGGCAAUGGAAACCUGGGCGAAGUUAAAGUCGAGCACGAGAAUCAGGGAGUCUACUCCCUCUUCUCGGCUAACAACGAUGCUAUCUGUGUUGCUUGGGUCACGACGACCUGGAGUGAUGACCGCGGCGGCAACAAAUACGCUGUGUCAGGCGACUACGGCGAGGCAUGCGGAGGAACAUGGUUUGAGAGCCACAUGUAUCCAAACAGCGAUGAAGAAUACCAGCCCAAAUGCUUCUGGAUUGACAAAAAUGGUGAUCAGCCGAAGACCGGAUUUCAGGUGCGCUGGCCUGCUUUCUCCAAAGAUGAACAAGAUGAAAGCAACACAGACCCGCAGAGAAUGUGUAACGACAUCAAUUUCGGACUUCGUGAGGAGGAUGACCCCAACACCAUCAACUAUUACACCAAGAAGAAGCGAAGCACAGCCUUGCGUGCUCGUCAGUCUCCUGUGCGCCCUGAGUGGGCCAACUCCGAAUUGGUGAUCAGCAACUCCAAGCAUCACUCGGCCAAGAGGCUUUGCCAAUCUGACACGUCUAUGGGUCCUGACUUUGCCCAUACAGGAGAGGAACUUUUCUGUGACAUGGACGCGAAAGUUCUAUAUGCAUUCUGUACUGACGACGGGAAAACGGAUUGCUUCGAUAUGGAAUCUCAAAGUGUUUCCACCGGUGCUACAGUGGGAGCAAUGGGCCUGGCGUCUACUAGUGGCAAGUCGAGCCGCUACUCGGGCAUUCGUGACUGGCGCUCAAACAGCACUAUGAUAUAG